AUGGAAGUGGCAAUGGACCCGCUGUUUCUGGCCUGGAGUUACUUCAGAAGGCGGAAGUUGCAACAGUGUUCGGAAAUUUGUUCCAAAAUAUUACAAGACAGCCCGUUCGACCAGGACUCUUCCUUGUCUGUUUCUGAGGCCGCAUGGAGUCUAAAAACACGGGCACUUACAGAGAUGGUCUACAUUGAUGAAAUUGAAGUUGAUCAGGAAGGAAUUGCUGAGAUGACACUGGAUGAAAACGCCAUUGCUCAGGUUGCACGCCCCGGAACAUCUUUAAGACUGCCUGGAACAAGUCAUGGAGGUGGUCCCACGCCUGCUGUCAGGCCCAUGACUCAGUCAGGGCGUCCCAUCACAGGAUUCGUAAGGCCCAGCACCCAAUCGGGACGCCCUGGCACAAUGGAGCAGGCAAUUAAGACGCCGCGCACCGCAAGUACGGCUCGGCCCGUCACUAGCGCCUCGGGUCGAUUCAUUCGUCUGGGAACAGCUUCCAUGUUAACCAAUCCAGAGGGACCCUUUAUAAACCUUUCAAGGCUAAAUAUGUCAAAGUAUUCACAAAAGCCUAAUCUGUCCAGGACUCUCUUCGAAUACAUAUUCCAUCAUGAAAAUGAUGUAAAAAAUGCACUCGAUUUAGCUGCUCAAGCAACCGAACAGGCUCAGUUCAAAGACUGGUGGUGGAAAGUCCAGCUGGGAAAAUGCUACUACAGACUCGGUUUGUACCGAGAGGCCGAAAAACAGUUUCGAUCAGCUCUCACACACCAAGAAAUGGUGGACACGUAUCUCUAUCUUGCUAAGCUCUAUCAGCGUCUGGACCAGCCGAUAACAGCCCUCAACCUGUUCAAACAAGGCUUGGACCACUUUCCUGGCGAGGUCACUCUCCUCACGGGAAUCGCUCGCAUUUACGAGGAGAUGAACAACAUGGCAUCCGCCACAGAGUACUACAAAGACGUCCUAAAGCAGGACAACACUCACGUGGAGGCCAUCGCUUGCAUAGGCAGCAAUCACUUCUACUCGGAUCAACCUGAGAUCGCGCUGCGCUUCUACAGGCGGUUACUCCAGAUGGGGGUAUAUAAUUGCCAGCUUUACAACAACCUGGGCUUGUGCUGCUUUUACGCUCAGCAGUACGACAUGACACUGUCGUCUUUCGAAAGAGCGCUGACGCUGGUGGCCAACGACGAAGAGCAAGCCGACGUGUGGUACAACAUCGGACAAGUUGCCGUGGGUAUAGGUGACACGACUUUGGCCUACCAAUGUUUUAAACUGACGUUGGCUUUUAACAAUGACCAUGCCGAGGCUUACAACAACCUCGCCGUGCUGGAGCUGCGCAAAGGUCGUGUAGAACAGUCUAAAGCCUUCCUGCAAACAGCUGCCUCGCUGUCUCCUCACAUGUACGAGCCUCACUACAAUCUGUCCAUUCUCUGUGAAAAGAUUGGGGACUUACAAAGCAGCUACAUCGCGGCCUUAAAGUCUGAAGACGCCUUCCCCGAACAUGUUGACACUCAACAGGUCCUGGUGCAACUUCGCCAGCAUUUUGCAGCGCUGUGA